AAUUAGAAUUAAAUGACCCACGUAGUCAAGAAUAUUACCAAACAGGAUUGGGAAGAGGAACUCUUGUUCACUGUAAAGUUUGUAAUUAUCAGAAACCUAGAACUAGAAUGCAUCGAUUAGAAAGCAUUCGAGAAGAACUUUGGUUUUGUGAAUUAGAGCAUAUGUAUGCAUAUAAA